AGGGGUUGGUGGGCUUUCCAGUGAUGAUCACAGAGGGGCAUAUGACACUGCCUAGAACCCGUUCUGGCCAGUUACCCUACAUCUGUACUUCAAAAGCACGUGGCCCCCCCGGAGACAAGGAAAAACUGGGGAAGGAAAAAAGGAAGCGCCGCAUCUUAAGUGCUAGCAUGUGA